AUGACGGCAAUGCCUGCAGUUUGGAUUCAGAUACACCAUAAAUUAUCUGAAGCCCGGUCGAAAACGGAAGGUGGCAAGCAAGGCAUCCACUUCGUCAUUAAAGAGGACGAGUUGUUGGCGUAUGGGCGCACUGACAAGGAGCUUUGCGAGCGUCAACACAUCUAUAAUGUGAUGUCCAGAGUACGCUUUCAGCUGACGACCGGCCUCGCGGCAAACGAUCUGCACAUGCCGUGGCCACCUGCGGCGAAGCGCGGUGAACACUCCUCCGACAAAGGCGUAUAG